AUGUCAAGAAUUCAUCAAUUCAGUACAGUGGUCCCUGUCUCGGUCCACAAGGGGACUGUUCUCGUCCUAGUCGGCACUAUUGCUGCGAUCCUGCUGGCUCACUCUGUCUACAAGAGCUGGAGUCGACUUCGACAUAUCCCCGGUCCACCUGGCACCGGCCUGUCGAAAUGGUGGAUGUUUCGGAAUGCCAUGGGUGGCAGCAUGCACCUGGCGUUGAAGGAAGCUGUUGACAAAUAUGGCUCUCUUGCACGCAUCGGACCCAACACCUUGGUCACCAAUGAUCCAGAUGUCCUCCGCAAGCUUUGGGCAGUGCGCUCGCCCUACAAGAAGAGUGACUUCUAUCAAGCAGUGAGGUUCGAUCCGGUACGAGACAACCUGAUCUCGAUGAGGGAUGAUGAUGAGCACAGCGUGCUCCGUAAUAAGAUGGCAGCAGGUUAUGCAGGUAAAGGCAAUGAAGGUCUAGAAAAUGUCAUUGACAAGGGAAUCAGUGCCUUCAUCGGCUUGAUAGAGCGGAAUUACGUCUCUGACGAGACCGCCUUCAGGCCUAUGGACCUGGCUCGCAAAGUCCAGUACGCCAGCUUGGACAUCAUCGGUCUCCUUGGGCUUGGGGAACGCUUCGGCUUUACCGACGAGGAUACCGAUGUUCACCAGUACAUCAAAAUCCUCGAGGAAAGCAUGACCUCCAUGAUAACCUUGACUAUAUUCCCGACCCUGGCCAAGCUGUUGCAGUCAAGGCUAUUUCGCCGUCUCAUGCCUUCGGAGCGGGACAAGAUUGGGUUCGGCGUUUUUAUCGGGGUCGCCAAACAAUUCGUGACCGACAGGCUGGCCUCGGCCAACCCAUACCGUAGAGACAUGUUGGGGUCAUUCCUGGCUCAUGGGCUCACACGCGAGGAGGCUCAGGGCGAGUUGCUGCUACAGAUUGUGGCGGGCUCUGACACGACUGCCACAGCAAUCCGCAUGACCAUGCUGUACGUCAUGAGCUCGCCCGUCGUGUAUGGACGGCUCGUCGCCGAGAUUCGGCGAUGGGCAGCCGACUCCUUAGCCACGACUGGAAAUGCCUUUGUGCCCGCGACAGACUCAGAAGCAAGGGGCCUGCCGUAUUUGCAAGCCGUCAUCAAAGAGGGAAUGCGUAUGCACCCGCCCGUGGCUGGCCUGAUGGGUGUUGUCGUCCCUCCAGGGGGCGACGUGCUCUGCGGCAUCAACGUACCAGAAGGCACCGAGGUCGGCUGGUCGGCGUUUUCUUUACAGAAACGUGAGGACAUUUUUGGAUCCGAUGCAGCAUGCUUCAGGCCUGAGCGGUGGCUUGAAGCGGACCAGGAGAGCCUGAGGACCAUGAACGCCACAUGGGAUUUGAUUUUCAAGUAUGGCAAAUGGCAAUGCCUCGGCAAGCCUGUAGCCCUGAUCGAGCUGAACAAGAUGUUUGUCGAGUUACUCCGAAGGUACGACUUUGCGUUAGUCGAUGCCGCCUCACCCUUGAAAUCGGAUUUCGCCGGCAUUUUCCUUCAGUCGGAACUCAUGGUCAAGGUGACCAGGGCUCAAUAG